AUGUAAUUUAAACAAAUCAAUUUAGAGGAAUUCAAUGAAUAAAAAGCUUUAGAUUACUUGGAAUUAAAAAAUUAAAGUCUCCAAUAAACUCUCUUAGAAGAUCCUAAAAUAGCUCGUUAUUUAGAUUUUGCUGAUUACUUGUUAAGUUAUCAUUUUUAAUAGACGAUCCAUAAGAAGGCACAUGAAAGAUUAUUGGUGGAAAUGUUUAAUACAGACUAUAUACUUUCGAAAUUGUACGGAUUGGAACUGCAUAAAAUUAAGGAAUACUUUGUAAAAUUUGGGAAUAGGAUAAAAAUUUCAGGAUUUGUGUUAUUACUUUUGAAAUUGAUAUAAUUUCAAUUAGAUGAAGUUCCAUAUAUGAUAAAUGGGUUGAGAGAGUUAGCUGAAAAGAUAGCUCAGAAUGGAAUAAUCACAUUUGAAUAAUUUGUUGCAUAUUAUAUGUCAUGCAGUGAGAAUGAUGAGUAAGACAAUAUCCAACAUGCUUAUUACAAAAUAGUCGAAAGCAAAGGUUAAGACACAAUGUACCAUAAACACGAGAUAUAAAAAGCAAUCUACACAAAAUCGAUCCAAAAAAUUGCUUUGCUCGAAGAAAAUUAACCACAAAUAUAUUUGUUGGGGACAGACUUUCAGAUACAUAAAGAAAUAAAACUAGAUAAUCCUGAUACACAUUAUAUAAUUUUAGAUUUUGACUUUGCUGAGAAUAUCAAAGAAUUUUGUUGCAGCUUGUCUAAUAAUCAUAUUUUAUUCUUGAGUUUUAUGGAUCAAUUGCAUAACAAUAAAUUAGUAUAAUGUGAAUACUUAUUGACCAAGAUUCAAUAUCUUUAAAUGCUUGAUCACUGGGGAUCGGUCACAACAAAUUAGUAAUUGAUAUUAUGGCAUCCAAAGACGCAUCAACAAACCAGAGUACCCUUAUAAUUAUAGGGUGGAAAGAUUUAGAGCAUAAUAGAACUUUAGAAAAAUGAAAUGAUUUGUUUAUAAACUGAUUUGAAAAGAGUGCACAUUUUUAAUCCUAAAUUUGAAUAACUGAUUGUUAUAUAGGAUUCAUUGCUUAUUUAGACAUUUAUAUUCUAUGAAGCAGGACAAUGCUUUUAUUCUAUAAAUUUUACUCAUAAAAUCUAAAAAUGGUUAAUCGAAGAGAAUGGUGUUGAUUAUACUAAAGAUAAAACUAUUCAAAUUUGUAAACCAGAAUAUACAGUUCUUGCUAUUGGUUUUGUUUAAGACUUAUUAGUAACUUAUGAUUCAAGUAAUUAAAUUAGAGUGUUUGAUACUGAGGAUUUCAGAAAGUUAACUACAUAUAAAAAAAUACUUAAACCUACUAAUCAUAUGAAGAUUAUUGAAAUCAAUAAAUAUUAAUUUAUAAUCGUUGGUAAUAGAAUCAGUUCAUUUGAAAUCGAUGUUAGAAUUGAAGAAAAGUAAAUCUCUAAUAAAGAUGAACUUGAGAAACAUAAUGAAGAUUUUGAAACUCAAAUGAAAUCUACUAAACUAUUAAUGUAGUAAAUUUUAAAGAAUCAGCCUUAAGUGGUAAACUUUAGAGGGACCAAACAUUAAGAUCAGAUAGAGUCAAUUUUAGAAUAAAUCAAGGGGGCUAAGAGUCAAUUGCUUCCGAAAAUAAAAGUGAAGGAAAUUCAUCAUUAUACAGAAUUGCCAGAUGAGUACAUUAGAGAGAAAAUAGAAGAAAUAGAAAAGAACAUAUAUGCAAAUAAAUUGUUAAAAGACAGAAUACAUUAAGCAACCGAACCCUUCGUUGAUUCACAACCUGAUCCCAUAGAUCCAAAAAUAUUAUAAAAAUUGUAGCCUUUAUAAUAAGGGUUCUAAAAAAUAGAUCAUAAACAUAACCAAUCAGAGUAAAAUGGCUCCAAGAUACAAUCUGUUAGAUAAUUAUAAAAUAAUAGUAAAGUAAAAAAGAAGUUUGACAUUUUAAAUUUUGAUUUGUAAGAAAAAUCAAUUCGUUCAAAAAUUGACCCUUUGUUAGACACAGAUACAAAUUUCUUAUUCAAACAAUUAAAAGAUGAUUAUUUGAAUGUUCAAUCUAAAAAAUCUACAAAAACCUAAUCAUUAUGUUAUGAAUCCAGAUAUGAAUAUUAAACUUAGAGAGGGAAAUUAAAAAAAUAAUUAUUCACAACUUAAUACAAAACAAAAGGACAAAAAAUAAAGACUAUACAAUCUAUACAACCUACUAAUCAAACAAUUAAUCAAACAAUUGCUUUAUCAAGAACUUCAAGAAAUAGUAGAAAUACUACUUACCCCUAUUCAUAAUUAUAACAGAAUGAUUAGCCUCCUCCAAUUCCAUUAGAAUGCAUCCCAUAGAUGGAAAAGGUUAAGUUAUUUUACAAUGAAGCUGUUAAGGCAAUGAACUAUUUAAAAGAAUAAAACCAAUUUUUGUUUUUUGACUCUUGA